AUAGAAUGAACUCUACACACACUAAAGAUAUUAUUAGUGUGUGCCAGGAGCUUUACAUGCCCCAGACAUGGACUUUGCCUACAGAUUAACUUUUUUGUUUUCUAUGACUGCCUUUGUGGGAGCAGUGGAUGCAGGGAACCCAGGGUUAGUGGUGAGAUUCACUCAGAAAGGACUGGACUAUGCCCUUCAGGGAGGUAUGAUUGCACUGCAACAGCAAUUAUAUAAGAUUCAUCUGCCAGAUUUCUCAGGCACCUAUGAAUUUGAGCCCCUGGGAAAAGUGGACUACAGAUUUUUUAGCAUGGCUAUAAGAACAGUCCAGCUGCCCAGUUUCCAAGUUAGUCCAAUUCCAAAUUCUGGUCUGAAGUUAUCUAUCUCUGGGGCUUUUAUCGAAUUUGAUGGACAAUGGAAUGUUCAUGCUCAACCUAUAAAUGAAGACGGCAGCUUUAAUGUGAAAGUCAUGGGGCUCAGCAUUUCCAUUGGACUUAUUUUGGGGAGUGAUGAAACCGGUAGGCCAACAAUUUCCCCAUCAGACUGCAGCGCCCAUAUUUCCAAUGUUAAGGUGCAAAUGUCUGGACCUUUAGGUUGGCUGGUUGAUCUUUUCCAUGAGAACAUUGAAUCAGAAAUGAGAAAUACUUUGGAGAAAAAGAUCUGCCCAGAGGUUACUCAAUCCAUUAGUUCUGAACUGUUACCCCUUCUGCAGACUUUACCAGUGAUUACAGAAAUUGACUUCAUAUCCGCUAUUGAUUACUCACUGACUGGAUCUCCGUCUGUGAUGGGAAAUUGGGUUGACGUAUUGUUAAAGGGGGAAUUCUUUGAUAUCUCACACCGUACAACUCCACCCUUCUCUCCGCCGGUGAUGUCUUUGCCUCCAGAACAGGAUCUCAUGGUUUACUUUGCUGUCUCUGAAUACUUGCUCAACACGGCUGGUUUUGUUUAUCAGAAUGCUGGGGUUCUUGUCUUCAAUUUGACUGAUGAUAUGAUCCCUAAGGAAUCCAUUGUGCGCCUAAACACUUCCUCAUUUGGAAUUCUAAUACCCUUGCUUUCCAAGAUGUACCCAAAUAUGCUCAUGAAGCUAAAGAUGUCAACUGCCUCAGCACCGGCUCUGAAUAUUAAACCCGGAAAUCUGACUCUUUUGCCAGUGGGAAACAUCCAGGCUUAUGCCAUUCUGCCCAACUCCUCCCUGGCUCCUCUUUUUCUCCUACAGCUGAAAACAAAUGUCCAGGCAAAGGUAGCAGUGAAUUCUGGGAGAAUAGUAGGCUUUCUUGAGCCUGCCAAGGUGGAAAUAACUCUUGCUCACUCUGAUGUUGGACCUUUUUCAGUUUUGGCAAUAAGUGAGGCUGUGAACUAUUUUGCUUCGAAAAUCCUUCUUCCUCGUGUUAAUGAGAUCUUGAACAAUGGAUUCCCACUACCCACAAUUGAUCACAUACAACUCACUGAUUUUGUGAUGCAAACAUAUGAGCACUACCUCCUGUUUGGGGCAAAUGCACACUAUAAGUACAAAAGAAUGACAAUGAAGGAGCUGAAUGGACAUGGGAAAACCGAUAAUGAAAUUCUUUAAACCAUUUAUAACUGGACCUCAAUGGCUCUCCUUAAAAUAUAAAUCCUAUUUAUAAUGAGCUGCUCUGUACCUCAAAAGAUUUGGAAUGGGGUAUAUAUAUAUAUAGAGUUUCCUCAGUGGCUGCUGGUUUGUUUGCCUACUCUUUGGGAUCAGGAAGUAGAAUGUGACUUUUAUUUUAAAUUUGUUCCCUGUUAAGAACAAGAAACAACAAAAACAAUUGAUAUCUCAUACUUAAAACAAUAGGCAAGCCCUAGUAAUCAAACCAAAAGGGAAUACUGUCCAUUUAAAACACUUACAUUUUUUGGUGUUAGCGUUCCUGUAAUGUACUGUGUGCACAUGGUAGUAGGUGGGUUGGAAUAGAUACAACAUUAUGGGGAAAUGUAAUACAGGUUGUAAAAAUAAAAUAAAUGCACGAUUAAGAACAA